AUGGCGGGCGGCGGCGCGAGGACGCAGAAGAACAAGGCGCACAAGUCGCGCUUCGGCGCCAAGAGCCAACGCGCGUUGCACAAGGUCGCCAAGGCGUCAGACGGCGGAGCAGCAGGGGCAGCGCGCGGGGGCGCGAAGGGCAAGGGGAAGGGCCAUGGCGCCGUCGCGAAGGCCGAGAGGCUCAACCGCAACAAGCUGCUGCGGGACAGCAAGCGGGCAAGUGUGCUGGCGGCCAAGCGGGCACUCUCUGCUUCCUCCACGCCGCCCCGCGUCGUGCUGCUGAUUGGUUUAUCUCGCCAGGUGGACGUGGCUCACCUGGCAGAUACGUUCGUUGAGGCAUGCGCUGCUUCAGGUGCCACUCAGUCUGCAGGCGCCCAAGCAGCAGCAGGGCAGGGAAUGGAGGUGGAAGGGGGCCAUGUGGAGGGCAGUGUGAAGGCUCAGGGAGUGGGGGGGGUGCGCCUGGUGGCUCUGUCCAAGCUCAGGGCGCGCUUUGCUGUCGUGCCGUGUCCUCCAGGGGAUCUUCUGCGAUGCCUCGAGCUCAUCAAGAUCGCAGACGUGGUAAUCUUCGCAUCUACAAUCGCCCCCAUCGACCCCCUCCCUCCCACCACUCCGUCAGCCCUCUCCACCUCCUCGCUCCACACCCAUGCCACCUCACACUCCCACACUCACUCCCUGCGCACCACUACCACCAACAAAUCCUCUGCCUCCGCCUCCUCCCCUUCGUCUGCGGCCUACAUUGACGACUGGGGCCGCUCAGCCCUCUCUGUGGCCCGGGCGCAGGGCCUGCCACUCCAGGUCGCCCUCGCUUCCAGCCUCUCCUCUCCGGCUUUUGCUGCCUCCUCCUCUUCCCUCGCCGCCUCCUCGCUCGCUCCAUCCUCCUCUGCAUCUGCUCUUUUUAGAGAUUCGAUGCUCCCGUUGAGUCAGCAGCAGCAGCAGGGCCAGCAGAAGGCAGGGGGCGGGGAGGGGAAGAGGCACGGGGAGCAGAGGAAGGGCGCUCUGGCGGUGCUGGGAGGGGAGUUUCCUAAAGGCACUUGCCAUGUGUUUGGAGUCGACUCUCUUACUGAGAUGGCACCGGUGGUGCGGCACAUAGCGGAGCAUCGUCCCGUCACUCCUGGCUGGCGCACUCACCGCCCGUACCUCGUGGCACACAAUUUUGACUUUAUCCCCGGCGCAGCCGACACAGGCGCUGCAGCAGCCACUGGCACGUUGCGAGUGGUGGGCUACGUGCGUGGCCACGGGAUCAACGUGAACCAGCUGGUGCACAUUACAGGCGUGGGCGACUUUCAGCUGGCUCAGAUUGACCAAGUGCCCGACCCCUGUGCUGCUGGCGAGCAUGGGAGGCCGGGGGGGAGGGGCGGUGGGAGCAAGGGGAAGGAGAAGAAGAAAGGGGGGACGACGAAAGAGGGAAUGGAGGUAGAGGAGGGAGAGAAGGGGGAGGAGGGGGAAGUGGAGGAAGAGGGGGAGGAGGAGGAGGGGGGGGGAGUGAGGGUGUUGGCUCGGUCGAGUGCAGAGCUGAGGGAUCCCCUUGUGGUUCUCAACACACUCGAUCCGCUGGCAGGCGAACAGACGUGGCCGACAGAGGAGGAAAUGGCAGCAGCAGAGGCGGAGGAGAGGAAGAGAGCAGAGAGCAAGGCCCUGGGCGGGGGAGGAGGGAAGGAGGGGAAGGGUGGCGCCAGGCGCAUUCGGGUGCCUAAAGGAACCUCCAGUUACCAGGCGGCAUGGAUGCAAGGUGGUGACGAGGAGGAGAGCGAGGGGGAAGAGGAGGACGGGGAAGAGGGACAGGAUGGAGAGGAGGGAGAGGAGGCGAUGGAGGAGGGAGAGGAGAGGGAUGGGGGUGAGCAGGGAGGAGCAGAGGAGGAGGAGGGGUCGGGGAGUGAUUGGGAGGAGGUGGAUGAGGAUGAUGGUGUGGGAGGGGAGAGGCUAGAAGGAGGCAGCACCCACGAUGGGCUCAUGGUGCGUGCUGCUCUCAUUCCAUGCCCAGUAGUGUUGAGCUUCCCUUAA